AUGCACAUGUCCGUGACAGCCUUCAGGCCCCAUCAGCCCUGGCCCCAGCUCAGUCUGCCUCCGCUCCCAGCCCAACCCCAAAGCCCCGGCCCAGCCUGGCCCUGGGGUGCCCCGCCCCAGCCCCGCUCAGCCUGGGUCCAGCCCCUGGCCCAGCCUGGGCUCCAGCCUCAGCUCAAAGCCCGCCCCAGCCCUGCUCAGCCCACAGCCUGCCCGCCCCUCAGCCCGCCCAGCCCCGCCCAGCCUCCGCUCAAAGUUCAGCCCCAGCCCCCGGCUCAGCCCGCCUCAGCCUGGCUCAGCCUGGCCCCAGCCCCAGCCCCAGCCCUGGGCCCCCAUCAGCUCAGCCCACCAGCCCGCUCAGCUCAGCCCGCCCCAGCCCCAAAGCUCAGCCCAGCCCCGUCAGCCCCAGGCCAGCCCCACUCAGCUCCCAGCUCCAGCCACCAGUGCCUCAGCCUGCGCCUGCUCAGUGCCCUGCUCAGCCCCAGCCCAGCUCUGCCCCAAAGCCUGGGCUCAGCCCCCACCAAAGCCUGCUCAGCCCCGCUCCAAAACCACACUGGGGUGCCUCAGCCCAGCCCAGCCCCUGGGUCGCCUGCCUGCCUGCCCCGCUGCUCCCAGCCUGGGCUCAGCCUGCUCAAAGCCCGCCCCUGUGCCUGGGCUCCUGCCUCAGCCAGCCUCAGCCUGCUCAGCUCGUCGCCGCCCAGCCUGCUCUGCCCGUCGCCUGGGCCCAGCUUGCUCAAGCCUGCUCAAAGCUCUGCUCAGCUCACCAGCCUGGGCUUCAAAGCCUGCCUGCUCGUUUCAGCUCUGCUCAGCUCGUCAAAGCCUGCCAGCUCUUGCCUGCUUCGGCUCAGCCUGCUCAAAGUUGCUUCUGCAUUGUCAGCUCGUUUAAAUGCCUAA